CUGAAGCCAUUACUCUCCAAACCUUGUUUCAUCUUCCCAAGCAUGUCCGAAAACUGGCAGCAACCGCCACAGACACAGCCCCAGCAGCCUCCGCCUCCACAGCCCCAGCACCACGCCGAGCCACCACCGGCUCUGGCCGAGCACACGCUACCUACAGGGGCCGCUGAGAACCCCCUGGGCUGUGCCGUCUAUGGCAUCCUCCUGCAGCCCGACCCGGGCCUGCAGCCCCCACAGCAUGUGCCCCUGCAGGCGGCAGGUGAGCCAGGCCCCAAGUGCGGGGUGUGUGGCCAUGACUUGGCGCACCUGUCCAGCCCGCAUGAGCACCAGUGCCUGGCGGGCCACGACCGCUCGUUCCAGUGCACGCAGUGCCUCAAGAUCUUCCACCAGGCCACCGACCUGCUGGAGCACCAGUGUGUGCAGGCCGAGCAGAAGCCUUUUGUCUGCGGGGUCUGCAAGAUGGGCUUCUCGCUGCUCACCUCGCUGGCCCAGCACCACAGCGCGCACAGCGGUGCGGGAGGCCUGGUGAAAUGUUCCAUCUGUGAGAAGACCUACAAGCCAGCCGAGGCGGCCGAGCCCGCAGCCGCUGCUGCCCCGUCACUGCCGCCCCCGCCCCCGGCACCCGCUGUCACUGUCACAGAGCAGCCCGAGAAGCCCUACAGCUGCCCCAUCUGCCAGAAGCCCUUCAAGCACCUGUCGGAGCUCUCGCGGCACGAGCGCAUCCACACGGGUGAGAAGCCCUACAAGUGCACGCUGUGCGACAAGAGCUUCAGCCAGUCCUCGCACCUGGUGCACCACAAGCGCACGCACAGCGCCGAGCGGCCCUACAAGUGCGCCGUCUGCGAGAAGACCUUCAAGCACCGCUCGCACCUCGUGCGCCACAUGUACGCGCACUCUGGGGAGCACCACCUGUUCCGCUGCAACGUGUGCGAGCUGCACUUCAAGGAGUCUUCGGAGCUGCUGCAGCACCCCUGCACCCCGAGCGGCGAGCGGCCCUUCCGCUGCGGCGAGUGCCAGAAGGCGUUCAAGCGGCCGUCGGAUCUGCGGCAGCACGAGCGCACGCACAGCGCCGAGCGGCCGUUCAAGUGCGACCUGUGCCCGAUGGGCUUCAAGCAGCAGUACGCGCUCAUGCGGCACCGGCGCACCCACAAGACAGAGGAGCCCUUCAAGUGCGGCCUGUGCGAGAAGGGCUUCGGGCAGCCCAGCCACCUGCUCUACCACCAGCACGUGCACACCCUCGAGACCCUCUUCAAGUGCCCCGUGUGUCAGAAGGGCUUCGACCAGUCGGCCGAGCUGCUGAGACACAAAUGCCUGCCCGGCACCACCGAGCGGCCCUUCAAGUGCUCCGUGUGCAGCAAGGCCUACAAGCGGGCGUCAGCGCUGCAGAAGCACCAGCUGGCCCACUGCUCGGCCACUGAGAAGCCCCUGCGCUGCACGCUGUGCGAGCGCCGCUUCUUCUCCUCCUCCGAGUUCGUGCAGCACCGCUGUGACCCAGCCCGGGAGAAGCCACUCAAGUGCCUGGACUGCGAGAAGCGCUUUAAGUACGCGUCGGAUCUGCAGCGGCACCGGCGGGUGCACACAGGCGAAAAGCCCUACAAGUGCCCCAGCUGCGACAAAGCCUUCAAGCAGCGGGAGCAUCUCAACAAGCACCAGGGCGUGCACGCGCGCGAGCAGCAGUUCAAGUGCGUGUGGUGUGGCGAGCGCUUCCUGGACGUGGCCUUGCUCCAGGAGCACAGCGCGCAGCACAGCGCCGCCGCCGCAGAGGGCACCUACCAGGUGGCCACCUGUCUGCCCUGACCCGG